UGUUCAUAUUUCUGUCAAAAUAUGGGCCAAGAGAUAUCGCAGCAGCAAAAUCAGCAACACCAACAACACCAGCAGCACCAACAACAACAACUACCCCACCACAAACGACAACCCCAGCGAAAAAGCUUCAGCGGCAUCAGCAACACCAAUCAGCCGAUCUACACGCCCACAAGUCACCUAUCCACCAGCUCCUCCACCACCACCAACGAAUAUAGCCACACGAAUACCACUAACAAUAUCAAUAAUAACAACAAUCAGAACUACCGAUUGCGUCACAAGUACAACUUGAGCAAACAAACCUACGAAAGGAGCAAGAUACCGGCGAGUGCAGCGAGUACAAGUCAAUCGGAUACGGAUUCGCAUUACGCCAAACUAAACCUGCAGAGGAGCAGUUCGCAGAGUUCCGAUAGCGGCAUCUACAAUUCGUCCUGCCACUGCAGCUCCAUAUCCUCGAUAUCGGUCGUCAGCAGUAGCGCGAGCAGCAGUCGCAGCAGCAGCAGCUCUAGUCGCGGUUGUCCCAGUUCCCUGGUGUCCAGCAAAUCGAACCGCUCGCUGGACAAGCAGAAGCACUACCUAAGCCAUCACCUGUACAUCAAGUCCUAUCUGGACAUCUUGGAGGAGGACGAGCGGGCACGGGCUCACUUCAAAUCCGCUCGUCCGGGCGGCAUACGCAACUACACGCCCAAGAUCUUGGCCAGCGGGGAAUCGAGCUUAUCGGGCAAUUCCAGCACCAACACAGCCCUAUCAUCCAGUGCUCCAGCCCAUUGUUACGGGCUUGGCAAGAGGACAACAGCCGGCGGCACAGGCGGAACAGGCGGAUCAGGUGGAGCAGCAUCAGGAGCAGGCGCAGCUGGUACGGAUCCGUGGAUUUGACAAUUACUGAAAC